AUGGCAUUGGCAAAAGACAAAAAGAAGAAACAGAACCAAAAUACGGAGAACGGUGUGGUGAUCACACUCUACGUGGAAUCAUCACGAACUCGCUCAUCAAACAAGGAUCACACAAAGAAAACUAAACCAAAAGUUGAAUCAAAAACAACACGUGGCUAUGACCGUAAGGCUCAGCUUUUUGAAUACUCUAGAUACCUCAGAAAAAUCGAAGCCUCCCAAAAUGUUCAAACUCAAUCACAACCAAAAAUUAAGAAGCGUAAAUGGUCGCAAAUGACUCAAAGUUUAAGUUCAUUUUUUGAACCAAAGAAGAGAAAGUGCAAAGGAAACAAAUACUGUUACUUGUUUAUGAUGAAACUUAAGAGCAUGCUGAAAAAAUUGUCUUGCAAAGAGAUAGUAGUAAAGAAGAGCAAUUAA